AAUAUGGGCGGGACCCCACAGACAGGUAGCUUUAAAUAAUGUACUCAAGGACAGUGUGGUUUUCGAAUACUGCAGGAGAAGUCUUGAACUCUACAGAAGUCUUGAACUGAUGUCUCUCCGCAAAACUCUCCCUGCCUUUGGGCGCGCGACUCUUGACAGAAGUUUGGUGAUCUCCACUCGCCAUCGUCGGAGUGUGCAAGCGUUACAUCCAACCAAAACAAACACACAGGACGAGCCUGUGGACAGCAGAGAGCAUGUAUCUUUCAGUAACAAUAUCACCAUUGACUUUGAACAGACAAAAGAAGCCUACAAGAGCAAAGACACUCUUGAGUUGCUUAGAAGCUUGGUGGUUUUCAAACUGUGCUCCUAUGACAUCCUGGUUGAGAAGAAUAAAGAGAUAAUGGACCUCAGCAGAAAGUUGUUGGGACAGAAGACGUUUGAGCAGUUUAUGAAGAUGACAUUCUACGGUCAGUUUGUGGCAGGUGAGGACCAUCAGUCCAUCAGGCCAGUAGUGCAGAAGAACCAAGCGUAUGGAGUCGGGGCUGUGCUGGAUUAUAGUGUAGAAGAGGAUCUCUCACAGGAAGAGGCUGAGAGGAAAGAGAUGGAAUCGUGCAUGUCUAUAUCAGAGAAAGAAAGCCCUGGAGCUGACCACCGGGAGAAGUUCACAGCCCAUCGGAAGUUUGGCGAUCGUCGUGAAGGCGUGACAAGCGCUCGUACUUAUUUCUAUGCUGAUGAGGCGAAAUGCGACCAACACAUGGAGACUUUCCUGAAAUGCAUCAAAGCCUCGGGUGGAAGUUCUGAAGACGGUUUCUCGGCUAUUAAGAUGACUGCCUUGGGGCGACCACAAUUCCUGCUCCAGUUCUCCGAGGUGCUGGUGAAAUGGAGACGCUUUUUCAGUUUCCUGGCUGCCAAGCAGGGGAAAGACGGCGUGGAGGUGCUGGAGCAGAAACUGGAUCUAGAGCAAUUGCAGACAUGUCUAGCUAGACUGGGAGCUCAAGGCAAUAUUCAGAGCUGCUUCUCUGAUGGACGACUGCACUCAUCAGGCAUGGUGGACAUGCUGGACUGGAACUGUCUGAUCGACGAGAGAACAAAGAUAUCUGAUCUACUGGUUGUCCCAAACCUGCAGACUGGUGAGUUGGAGCCUCUUCUGUCCAGGUUCACCGAGGAAGAGGAAAGGCAGAUGAAAAGGAUGCUUCAGCGGCUGGACGUCUUGGCCAAGCAUGCGGUGGAAAAUGGCGUCAGGCUAAUGGUGGACGCCGAACAGACAUAUUUCCAGCCUGCCAUCAGCAGACUCACUGUGGAAAUGAAGAGAAUCUUCAACAGAGACAAAGCUGUCGUUUUCAACACCUAUCAGUGCUACCUCAAAGAGGCAUUUGAUAAUGUGUCCAUGGAUGUGGAGCUAUCAAGAAGGGAGGGCUGGUGUUUCGGUGCCAAGUUGGUAAGGGGGGCUUACAUGUACCAGGAGAGAAGCCGAGCUGUGGAGAUUGGAUACGAAGACCCCAUCAACCCCGACUAUGAAUCCACUAACAGAAUGUACCACAGGUGUCUGGAUUACGUGCUGGAGGAGAUCGAACUGAAUAAGAAAGCAAAUGUCAUGGUGGCAUCGCACAAUAUAGACACUGUUAAACAUACACUCAGAAGGAUGAAUGAAAUGGGUCUGGCACCCACAGAUAAGAAGGUGUACUUCGGCCAGCUCCUGGGAAUGUGCGACCAAAUCAGCUUUCCGUUAGCUCAGGCAGGAUUCCCUGUGUACAAGUAUGUUCCUUAUGGUCCGGUGAACGAGGUGAUUCCGUAUUUGUCCCGUCGGGCACAGGAGAACCGUGGCAUUAUGAAAGGAGUGCAGAUGGAGAGAGACCUUCUAUGGAAAGAGCUGAUACGCCGACUGACCAGUGGAGAGGUCUUCUACACACCUGCUGUAUAAAACACACUCAGCUUCUCACCAGAGACUCCUUACGCUUGUUUUUUGCCUGUUCACCCAUCCAUUCGUAAAUCUUUUUUUCCACUCUCACCCAGGCUGUUCAUGAUAUAACGCACAUGGGAUUCAUUUAAAUCAAAUACCACAGUUGGGUGAAGUUCACAAAAUGCAAAUCAUACUUAACCUGAAAAUCGCAAAAAUGUGUAUUUAGAUAAAGAAAAUGAAGUCUGUUUUUAGAGUUUCUGCAUUACAGCAUUAUUUUCAUGACAAUUAAGCACAUUUUGCCUCCCAAUUAUAAUGUUUUGUUUUGUCAACCAUGAAAACAAAGCACCUACAGCUGGUCAAACGUAUUCAUAAAGUAUUAAUGGCUGAAUCUUACCAAAUCAUAUUUUACCUAAAAAUCAUGAAUACAUAAUAGGAAAUAUUGCAGUAUUUGCAUUAAUAAAACAAAGCUGGUCAAACAUAUUUAUUUAAUAUUAAUGGGUGAAUCUCACAAUGUCACACACUGUAAAAAAAAGUAUGUCAAAAUGUCAUAUUUCACUAUAUUAUAAAUGCUAUUUUAAAAUGCACAAUUUUUCUUUUCUAUUAAAACACAUUUUUGGAUGUUUUUGCAUUUUGACAAGCAUGUUUUUACAACAAUUCUUAUUUUAUAGUAGAUAUAGGUAUUGCACAUCAAAGUAUUUUUAUUACAGUAAUGAAAAUCUUAUGGGGAGCAUGCAAAACAUAUACAUUAAUAAUUAUAAUUGAAGUUUGUAUUAUAGUAAUGAAAAUUUGGGGAAAAUGUGCUUAACUGUCAAGACAAUUUCACAAUGCAAAGAUUGUGAAAAACCAAAAAAAUCACUUGAACACCAUACUACUAUCAGAGGAACAUCUUUAACUGGCAAAAUAACCUUUCAGAAUCUUGUGUCUGGUGGAUAAUACCAAGUAACAACAGUUUUUAUUCCAGUAGCAAUAACUGUGGUAACAAUGGCAUUUUAGAGCACACUGCUGUUACCUUGUUGCAUUUUGGUAAGGGUCAAGAAAGAGAGGUUAUAUUCUUCCUGUUCCAUAUAAUCUUUCUCUAAUUCACUUUCCUCUGCGUUUCCACUGCUCCCUUCUCUUUAUUCCACUAAUGGUCUGGCUUUGCACUCUUUCUCUUCUCUCAUCCAUCUCUCCGGCACCUUUAUGACUCUGAAAGGGCUCCCUAAAAUGUCAGACGCCUGAGUGUGCACUGCUGUUUUAUACCCCACCUUUAUUCCUCAAGUGGAACAUCAAUAAUAAAAAUAUAAGCAUGAUUUAAACGGUAAUAAACAAACACAUCAGUAUCACUUUCUGAUAAUGACGGCUUGAAUUCAAGGAUAACAACAUAUGAAGUUGGAGAACUAUAUUUUAUUUAUGUGACAUUUCAUGCUUGGUGUGAGGAAUUGUGGGUACGUUGGAGUGCAGGCAACAACCCGUCGUCAAUAUUUCCAUAACCCCAUAAACCUGUAAACAGAUUAUAUUUCAGAUGUAAUAUAUUCCAAGCGAGUGGUUUGUUUGCGCUCAAGCCAAAUCUUGUAAUUUGCACCGUGGGUUUCAUUGAGAAAAAAAAAAUAUAUAUAAGAACACAUUGUUUUAUGGCAAGAACUGAACUUUAUUUUUUGCACUCUCGCUGCUCUUGAUAUCUCUCUUGUGCUCAGACGUGCUCAAUGAACUUUAGAAGUUCUGAUGAGAUGAUUUUAAGUUGGGUUUUCAGCGUAAUGAUUCUGGUGUUUAGCAUAUACAGAGCGAGAAUUAAAUCUACUCUUUUAUUGUCUGUGUGAUGAAGCCUUUUAUGCUUAACCAACGGUUUCUCUCGCUCUGUUAAUAUUUUCUUUCCCUCUGUGGAGUAUUUGGGGAAGAUUAAUAAAAAGCUUUAAUUAAUUGAGCCGAAGUUAAUGAUUUCUAGACAAUUUCUCUUAAGUAAAUGGCACAAUUCCUCAUCCAUUUAUAUCCCGUUUUAAAUCCAUGACGAAUUAACAACCCUUUGGGCCUUUUGCCUUGAGAAAUAACAGGACACCCCAUAAUACAGCCCACAUCCCAGUGUUCUGUUGAGGCUGGCUGAAUCCUAAUUUGCAUGUUAUCCAUACUAUUUAGUAUGCAAAAUUAGUAUUGGUGGAACUGGUGGGAAAAAAAAUUGAACAAUUAAAGUUGGUCUGUGCUUUCAGCAAACAUAAUUUCUGUCGACUCAAAACUAAUACUUUUUGUUUUACUUGUAGAUCCAAGUUAAAUAUGAUUUUAUUUUAAGUUCAUGAGUUCACUAGCAGAGCACGACACAAGCACACCUCAGAUGACGCAGCAGCACGUAAACGUCGUUUACUGUGUAUGCUGGCCUCGACGUGAGUGGGUCACGGCGUUUAUGUCAUGCGUCAUCUGAGGCGUGCUUGCGUCGUGCUCUGCUAGUGAACUCAUGAACGCGCUUGCAGGAAGUGUUUCGGAGGAGCAGAAAAAGUUGAAUAAAGUCUAUAUUUAGUUGUUGUUUUUUUUUGCGCACAAAAAGGGUUCUCGUCACAUCGUAAAAAAUUCAGAUUGCACGUCUGAUGGCAGAUGGACUGCUUUGACUAUGUUUUUCAUACUUUUAUGGACCUUGACAGUGCAAUUUACUAUGCAGUCAAUGGGACAGUCACAAGCCUCCCAGUUUUCAUCUAAAAUAACUUAAAUUGUGUUCAGAAGAUGAAAGAAGCUUUUACGGGUUUGGAACGACGUGGGGGUAAGUGAUUAAUGACAAAAUUUUCAUUUUGGGGCGGAGUAUCCCUUUAAGAUGAGGAAACUAGAUCAUGAACUAAUAUUGAUGUAGACCUUUCUUAGUUUGACAGAUUCUUUCCACCAAAUUUGUCAAACUUGUGUAUUAGGUAGUCGAGUAAACCUAAAGGGAAUAUGUAAGAAUUUUCAGUCACACAGACCAAUUCUUACUAUUAACAAACUAUUAACUAUGACUUUUGCCUCAGUGAACUCCUAAUUUGCUGCUUAUGAAUGUAAUUUACUUAAGGUAUGGGGUUUAAAGAUUAAGGGAUCUAAAAUAUGGUCAUGCAGAAUAAGGCAUUAAUAUGUGCUUUAUAAAUACUAAUAAGCAGCC